ACUGUUUGCAACAUACCACGACACUUCCCUUUUCGUUUGUCGAUGGUUGUCCGCAUGCGACAAAGACGACGCAGCGCAGACGGGCAACCCUUCAAAGACUGCUCUUUUCGUAUUUCCUUCCCGUCGCACUUCACUUGCAUCGCACAACCAUCCCUCCUACUUACGGCACCAUUCUCGCCCACCCUGGAUCCAUUACUGACCCCGGUGUGGUAUCGACGCCUCCCUCCCCAUCCUCUAACGCCCCCGUCGUUGCGACCACGCAGCAUGGCCGUCUCAAUCCAACCCAACGCCGUUCCGCCAACCGAAAUACCUUCGCCCUCCCCCUCUGAUUCCUCAAUGCUAGCCCGUCCGCCUCCCGACAUGGACGGAGACGUUUCGCAACGUACGAGAAGUAGGGCGCGACGAUCCCCUUCUCGUCUUCCCCUGCGAACUGGAUUCCGCAGCUUCUCCGGCGUUGCUAGUGUGAUCGUGGGAGAGGCCAGUUGUAAGUCGAGGUCGGAGACGAAGUACCUCAUUCACAAAGAACUUUUGACGUCCGCGUCGCCGUUCUUCGCCGCCGCACUGAAUGGCACAUUCGCAGAAGGGCUGGACCAGGUAGUCCGACUGCCGGAAGAGAAGCCCGAAAUCUUUGAAUGGUUCCUGCAAUGGCUUUACACCGGCACACUGAAGACGCCAGCACCGCGAUGCCACUUCCUCGCCGCCAACGGCAUCGUCACCGCCCCCGUCCUCCCCUCCAUGCACUCUCUCACCGAGCUGACGGAAUACGACAUCCGCACCGACGGUGAUCUGCGCAACUCCCAAGGCAGCCCCAAAUACUUCCUCCUCCUCGAGCUCUACGCCCUCUCUGACCGCCUGCUCACCACGCCGCUCAGCAACCACAUCCUCUCCAACCUCGCACGGCUGUCGGAAAGCACCAACUCCGUCCCCACGCCCUCCGACACGUGGAUCCUCUACGACACCAUCCGCGACAACGCGCCCAUCCGCGCCCUCAUCCUCGACCUCUUCGCCUACAAGAAGACCGACCGCCUCCUCGAGACGCACAAAGACGAGUGGCACCCCAAAUUCCUGCGCGAGCUGUGCGUCAAGCUCAAACGGCCCGGCCCCGAAGCCAUCGAGCGACACUCCCUGGUAGCCUGGCGGCCGACGAACUGGAGUUCGAGUAAAGCGUGCGAGCUGUGUAAAGAAGUGUUGCAGCCGGGCGUGAGUGCGGAUAAGUGCUGUGCGUGUGAGAAAGUGUUUUGCGCUGCUUGUCUAAGGCAUCAGGGGAAGGGGGCACUGUUGCCUAAUGAUACUAGUGGGUGCAAGCCGUGGGCGGGCAGUGGGAUGUGUGUGAGGUACCAUGAGCAUGCGGAUGGGGAGGCUUGUGGGUGAGGAAGGGCGGGGUGUUGGUGUAACGAUGGGCGUUUGUGAGCGGCGAUGGUGUUGGCUGCGGUGUUUGGUGUUUGUGAGCAAUUAUUUGCUGCGCGAGUGUCGUUUGCUCCGUCAAUGCAGUCUUUGUGACACAUGCAGUGAUGGCUCCAGGAUAUCAAUGCGUCUCAACUGGCAUGUAAUGUCGUGUCUGCCGUAGUAUACAAUGAAGCUCCCUUCGCCGUCGCAGCAAACACGAGGGCCGUGAAAUAAAGAAGCCAGCAUCCGACUGAAGAAGAGCGUGCCUCGCCAGACGAGACGCAGGGAACCAACGCGGGAACAGAAGAAAUAGAUAUCCACAGUGCAAG